CGCCUCCGCCGGGCGGGCCGGGGCGGAGCGGAGCGGAGCCGGCUCGGCGGCGGUCGCUGUCCUGGGUGUUGAACCGGCUGCGGGAGGAGGCGAAAGGGAAAGCGGGCGGUAUGGAGUGAGGGGGCCGGCGGCGGCGGGCAAGGAAGCGGAGGGGCGGCAGUCUGCGAUGGGCCAGGCAUGAUGGGGGCGCUCGGCUCCGUCCUCCCUCUGCUGCUGCUGCUGCUGCUGCUGCUGGUGCUGCUGCAGGUCGUCGCCGCCGCCGCCCCGCGCAGCCAGCCGCCCUCCGCCGGCGAGGCGCGGAUCGGUUGCCUGUUUGAAGAUGACCUUUGCAAAUCUUAUGAAAUCUGUGUAAAUGAUGGAAUAUUUGGGAGAUGUCAGCGAGUGCCAGUAAUAGACAUAUACAAAUACGACAUUUCACCCCCUGUUCUUCAACGCCUAAGGAUCAUCCUGGAGAAGCUCUCACACAGAGGUUUUACCUGGAAAGAUGAUUAUACACAGCAUGUUAUUGGUCAGGAACUGUCAAACAUUCACAAAAUCCACAACAGACACCCUGAUAUAUUUGUAUCUGAAGCAUCUGACACAGGAAGGAUUUUGGAACAGAAUGCAGAAAAUGAAAGAAAUUCUGAUCUGGAAAAUGAUGUGAACUUGGCCAAGUCACUUCAGCAGUAUCUUAAAUAUCUAAAUAUUCUCUCCCAGUCUGCAGCUACAAAUUUAUAUCCAAGGAAGAAGAACGACAAAGCUUCUGUCAAGAGCUACAUCUAUAAUGAUCCUAUUAGGUACUACAUGAUGCAGAAACCCAAAGAAAGAGCACCUCCUUUGGCCCAUACAUCAACAUCCCAUCAACAGUACACUGAAAUUCCCCGUGGGAGAACCUUCAACCAGCCUCAGACAGACAAGUUCUCAUCAGAGCCAGAAGUGGGGCUUGACCAAAAAACUCUGAUGGCUGCGCUGCAUACGUACAUCACUCAGAACUUGUCAGCACAAAGCAAUGAUAAAAGCUCUCACAGCAGGACUAAAGGGUCUCACAUUUAUGCUGAUAGAUUCUACUCUUCUCCAGUCAGCCCUUUUGAUGGAACUUUUGCCAAAGGAAAAGCAGAAGAUUUCAAAAUGAAGAAACCGUUCCAGACAAAGCCUGUGUCUGGAGUGCUGGGGCCAACCUCUGAGAAGCUGAAUCAUAAAUCUGCUUCCCAGGAUGAACCAAAGGACCCUCUGAGUAUAGUGGAUGAAACACUUAUUAAAGAUGUAUUGAAGGACCUAGAGAAACACCAGGUGAAUGUGGAGAAUCUCAGCUCAACAGAACUGGAUGAGAUUGCUGAUACUAUUGCGAAUGCGAUUCAGACUGCUGGCAUUCAGGAAGAAACAGAAGAGAGUGCUGGAAAAACCGAAGAAGAAAGAAUGGAAGCACAAAUGAAGAAAGGAGAUGCUCAAGGAAGAACAGAAAUCCAUAAUGUAUUAACAGAAACCAAUGUUAACCUACCAGACAAUGGAGUGCGUGAAGCCAGUGCCAGAACUGAUCAAGAGGAGAACACUUCAAAACUAGUUAACUUAUUGAAAGAGAAUGCAGUACCUGAAAAUAUGCCUAAAGAUGUAAUACCUGAAGAAUCUACCAAGUCAGAAACAAAGAAAUCUGAAGACACUGACUCUGCUUCCUCAGAAGAAAUAAAUGUGGGUGUGGAAAAUGUAAAAAGCGAGACUUACUCCAGGGAGCUGACAGCUGAAAAGAGCACUGAAUCUGACUCCAAAGACCCGAGUGAGACCCGCUACUGGAUUAAGAAUGCUUUGAUGCAGGAUGGAAACUCCUAUGAACAGCCUCAGAAAAAUGCAGAACAAGGUUUACAGCUUGAAGUGAAGUCUACCGAGGAGAAAGAAUAUGGCUAUAUUGUGACAGUGAAAGACCCCCUGAGUGUGGAAAAGGGCUUGGAGUUAAUAAAGGAAGUGGCAGAUCUCCUGAAGCUGCAGAUGAGUGCCUUCGAUGAUGUCAACGUGCUGGGACCAGCUGUGACCUUCAGAGUGCACUCAAACCUCCAAAACAUUUCAACUGCAGAUAUUGCUAAAGCAGCAGCCCUGAACAAAGAGAAGCUUGAGAAAACAACUGGGCUGAGAAUUUUGCAGACUGGCGUGGGGGAGAAGAGCCACGUCCCGCCGCUCCCGCAGCGCGGGGAAGAGGCAGAGUCCGCCAAGUUCUUCCUCCUCACCCUCCUCUCCCUCGCCUGCAUCGCCGGGGUCCUGGCGGCUUCGGGGGUCGUCUACUGCCUCCGGCACCGCGCCCACCACCGCCUCAAGGAGAAGCUCUCGGCCCUGGGGGCAGACGCCGGCUCCGACGCCACCGCUGCUUAUCAGGAGCUAUGCCGUCAGCGCAUGGCAGUGAAGACAUCUGAUCGCCCAGAGCCACUGCACGCCUCUCGAAUCAAUAGUGUUUCUUCACAAUUUAGCGAUGGGCCUGUUCCCAGCCCCUCAGCCCGCAGCAGCACCUCGUCCUGGUGCGAGGAGCCUGUGCAGUCCAAUAUGGACAUCUCCACCGGCCACAUGAUCUUGUCCUACAUGGAAGAUCAUCUGAAAAAUAAGAAUCGUCUGGAGAAAGAGUGGGAAGCUCUUUGUGCUUAUCAGGCUGAACCCAACGCCACCACCACUGCACAGCAGGAGGAAAAUGUCCAGAAGAAUCGCUCACGGGCUGUGGUACCAUAUGAUCAUUCCAGGAUAAGUCUGAAAGCUGAAAAUAGCCACGACAAUUCAGACUACAUUAAUGCUAGCCCAAUUAUGGACCAUGACCCCCGAAACCCAGCAUAUAUUGCCACCCAGGGCCCUCUCCCUGCUACUGUCGCUGACUUCUGGCAGAUGGUCUGGGAGAACGGCUGUGUCGUUAUUGUCAUGCUGACACCCCUCGCGGAAAACGGAGUCAAGCAGUGCUACCACUAUUGGCCAGACGAAGGGUCAAACCUCUACCACAUCUACGAGGUAAACCUUGUUUCUGAGCACAUCUGGUGCGAGGAUUUCCUAGUGAGGAGCUUCUACUUGAAGAACCUGCAGACAAACGAGACCCGCACGGUGACACAGUUCCAUUUCCUCAGCUGGAACGAUCAGAGAGUUCCUGCUUCCACAAGAUCGCUUCUGGAUUUCCGCAGAAAAGUAAACAAGUGCUACAGGGGUCGCUCUUGUCCAGUAGUUGUUCAUUGCAGUGAUGGUGCAGGAAGAAGUGGAACCUACAUUCUAAUUGACAUGGUUCUCAAUAAAAUGGCUAAAGGUGCUAAAGAGAUUGAUAUUGCUGCUACCCUGGAGCACUUGAGGGACCAGAGACCAGGCAUGGUCCAGACAAAGGAGCAGUUUGAGUUUGCUUUGACAGCGGUUGCAGAAGAAGUGAAUGCAAUACUCAAGGCACUUCCACAGUGAGCAGCUCAUUCUCCUGGAGGUUCCCGCAGGAUCCACUCCUUGUUUCCUCAUCCUCAGUCCCUGUGAAUGUUCUUGGACACCACAACCUGACCUUAACUGUGUAUCUUCUGUUGUAACCACAUAGUGAUAGGGUCCUUACAAACUCCUUUAGCUGGUAAAAGUUCAACAGUUAGAAUGUGUAUUCUGUUUUUUUGGGUUUUAAAAUAAAUUUUAAAACGUACAUUGAAGCCUCGGAUUAAGUGACAGAAUAGUCCAUCUAAUUCCUUUCACAUCCUGGAAGCCCUGAAUGUCACUCUUUGAAAGCACACAUUCAUGUUCUUAAUAGCAAAUAUACAGUAUUGUGGGUAAUUAGUGCAGUCAAUAUAGUCUCAGAAAACAGUGUUUUGUUAUAUUUUGGAACUCCUCAAAGGCUGAACAAGAGUGGGGGGCCUGAAAGGGAUGGUGAUUGUUCCUACACAAUGCCGAGCGAGGGCACGAAGCAGUGCUGAGGGUGUGAGUAAACACAGGUCCAGGCUCUGGCAAAGGGAGCUUGCACCUUCUCAUGCUGAGCUUUGGCAAGCAAACAUUUUCUUAACUGUUGUUUACUUUUCAGCUUUGUGCUGUGAAUGGAGGAAAAUCUGAGCUAUAAGUAAAUAGGCCUUCACAGUUGUUGCAACUGGGGAGAACAAGCUGGUCACGUUAAUGGGAACCUGGGGGACAGUGAGCAUGGCAGCUCUGGCUGGGUACCUACAGAGUGGAGCAGGCAAGCAUAGACACACCUCCAGCCAUCAGGUACACACCCAGAGCUGGUAUGGACACAGAUUCUUGACUUUAUGGGAUUACUGAGGAAGCAAAUGGGACUCUCCUCUUGAUAUUUUUGCAUUUCCCUCUCUAAAGCUGUUCUGUGCCAUCCUUUUCAGCCAGGGAAGUAUAUUUCUGCAAAAGCCUGGCUGAAGGAAGAAUCACAGGUCUGCGUUGUAUGAUUCUCAUCAAGUUUGUCUGAGCCAGACAUUUUUUGCACCUUUCUGCUCUUUCCUUGUUCUGAAUGAUGCCUAUUUUAACUAUUAAGGGAUAAAGAAGCACACGGGUUGAAUUUCAGAGAUUCUUGUGUUCUCAAAAUCCUAAUGCCUACUGUUGUGAAGUAAUGCUAAAAUAUGUCUGUAAAUGGCUUGGUUAUGCAAUUCUGCUUAUAUGAAUUCACAGUUUUCAUUCUGGCACUCUGCUAAAGGGAUUGAAACUACUGAUGGCAAGUACUCUGUUUUGUUUGAAUGUAGGGCCUGAGAGUUAGCAUUAUCAAAUGUUCUUAGGUGAUAUAGGCUCUGAAUUUCACUUUCAAAAGUGAACACUUGGACACUUUUUCAUACAUUAUCCUACAUUUCUGUGAUUUAAGAAUUUCUUUUUUUCCAAAAUCUUAACAGUGUUGUAUGCUUGAAACUAUAUUAGGCUAAUUGAUUUACCUCAGCACUGGAAAAUACAGAAUUGAAUUUGGGAAGGGGGAAGCUGUUACAAACUUCUAAUCAGUGAAAUGUUAAAAAUGCAAUAUUGGAGAGUUUUGAUGGCACAGAGGUAACAGGCAUCUAUUGGAAUCAACCAUGUUGCAGCUUUGUGUUGUAGGUGUGAAUAUUGGUGAUUUCUUCUUUUUAGCAAUUAAAGAGUUAUUAAAAAAAAAAAAAAAAAAAAAAAAAAGCAGAAAACUUGUUACUUUUCUCCAUACUUUUCUGUAUGCUUUUCUUGGUUUGUGGUGUUGCUUAAUUUGUGCAUCCCAUUACUACGGCAGUACAGAGCAGUUACUGCAGAUGCCAUCAUCCUCUUAAGUACACAUACUGUACAUUAAGCCACAUGUUUAUUUUAUGGCCUAAGCAUUUUAGAGUUUUCCUAGCAAUAACUAAAAAAACUAAUGGAGUAUGAAUGAGAAAAUUGCCUUUUUCAUUUGAUAAUUUAGGUUUAACAGGAUUCUUUUAUUACUUUAGCUAACACAAAAUUGCAGAUCAGGGCAGAUGAGAUCAGUUUGAGCAGUAUCAGCAAGUGUUUGAAGUAGAUUUACUGUGAGCCAUGUACUGCAUCUUUCUGAAAAUACAGGUAGUUAUAUCCAUACAAACAGUCCAAGGACUCAAAAUUAGGGCAUCCUAAGCCAAGCCCUCCCAUUGUCAGAUAAAAUUAUUUCCCAGUGCAAGAUGCUGUACCAUUGCCUACUGCCAAAGGGAUAAUGGGUUUUUAGCACAAAUUUCUGCCCUGGGAUUCAUUAGUGUUCGCCUUCUGACCGUCCCUGUGCAUACCAAAAACAUGGCUGACGAGCCAUUCAUUUGCACUUCAGGAAUAUUUUUAAUUGUUCUUUUGCAAAUAUUUGCAUUUCAUAAUAGCAAUUUCAGGGUGAUCCCUAUUAAUUCACAUGCAGCUGAGUGUGAGACUAAAAUAUUAGUCUUCAUGCUUUGGAGUUUAUCUAGCGUAAAUUAGAGGGCAUUAAUCUUCCCCAAGGCUAAUGGGGCAGGGGUGUAUUGUUUUAUUCAUACUGGUAGCCUGGUUUACACAACAGAAGGAUGCAGUGUUAGAGGGUUGGGAUAUCUCUCACUGAAUGUAAUUGACAAUCCUGGUAUUUCAGCCAUGUUUUGCACAGUUCUUCCACAAAAAGGUGCCGGGCUUAUUCUGUUGAAUGUAAAUUACCUCACAGGUUAUUUCAUCUGUGCAGGUAGGAUAUUGUUGAUACCUCUCAAUAAAUGCCCUGCUUCUGGGGUUGAGCCUUUGCUGCAGAGCCUACAAGUGAAAUGUAGUUUCUGCUGCACCGGGGUGAUCCGGAGGGGUUUGACAAUCCAUUUUCUGGGAGAUGCCAAAGCCAUGGAAAUACAAACCCGAUGAAGACCCAGUGAUAGAUUUCUCAUGCAGGGCAGGUAUUUCUUUACCCUUCUCAAUGCAAAUGGGCAAAGGAUGUUGUUCAGGCUGCCCCAGGCCAAUUACACUGGAGGUUCGGACCUGCCCCAUGUUCCCUCGCAGGUGGAGUUGAGCAGAGCUUCUUCUUGGAAGCCAAGAUGAUACAAGAGCCCAGGGUCAAAUGAGACCCACAGUUCUUCCCUGUUCAAUAUUCUGCUUGAUCUUUAGUAAACGGAUUGUGAUUGAGGCUUGGGCUGGUGCCUGACGCACAGCCAUAAACAGCAUGUGUUUAAUAUUGACCGUCCUCGUGUUCUUGAUGAAGACAAAUUGAAUCUACAGGUGCUGUUUAUGCAGUUGAACUUUUUAAUGACAUUUAAGGGGGGACCUGCAGAAGGAUGAUUUAACCCCUGCUGUUUCCUUCCUCACUAUUCAAAGCAGAGGGAAAAUAACUUUUCACACAAGCAUGGCUGGCUGGCACCAAGAAGAGUGGCAGUGACUGGACCAUAACCCCAUGCUUACGUAGUCCCAGCAGGUGUCAAUAUGUUGGAUGGGGAGGUGGUUGUCACCAAUGUCCUCUGCAGUCUUCACUAUCCCCACAACAUGCCCAAGAUUUGGAGAGACAGAGGGAAGGGACAACACAGUUCCCCAAAGCCCAUAUCUUUGGGGUUGGGCAUUUGCCAUAGGGAAAGCAGUGUGGGUUUUGCUGUCAACUUCAUCUGUUUCAGGUGUGAGCUCUAACCAUUGCCCUUGACCAUCAUCUGUGGGGGGACCUGGUGCAGCCUGGGUAACAUACAGUGGAAGUCCUGGGCAAUCAUUAGGGCCAGAAAUGAAUUGAAAAUCCCAGAAAAUCCCAUAUCCAAAUCUUAAUUCAGUAGCAAAACAUGCAAGAUUAUUUUUAUAGAUGCUACUAAAGGUUUAAAACAUUUAAAAAUAUUUUUUAAAAUCUACACCAAUGCCUAAACCUUGUUCCUGUCUCUAGCACGCAUGCAGAACCAAUCUCCAUCCAUCCCCAGGGGAAUGACAGUUAUAGUACCUGUAAGGAGUUCAUGCUUUAUUAGUCAAGUGGAACAUUAAUAAAACCCAGCCCACUCCAUAAUUUCCAGAAUAGUCAUUAAUUAAAAAAAAUGUUUAUUGGAAUAGAAAACAAGUAUUUGAUUAGCUUUGUUACAGAACAAUAGCUCUCCUAAUUUUUAUUCUGCAUAUUUUAUUCUUUGUUUAGAAAAUUCUCUUAAGAAGCAGUUGAGAUAAUUCGCUUUUUAAAACUGUACAGUUUCUAUGGUUUUGCUUUUUAAAUGAGAGUACACUUUGUAGAUUUGAUUAUUAUAUUUUUCUGUUAAGAUUACAUUGGACAUUACAAAAGCAUUCCCCACCACAGUGAAAAGAAAGCUAUCCUGUUGGUCUAUUGUGAAAGAAAAAUAAAUAAUUAAAACAAAAUUGCAGAGCUGUGGCAUACUCAAUCCAAUUAGAGCAUGACUCUUUACUACUCUUCAUUUACCACAUUAGAAAUAAAGUUACACCAGCAAGAUUUCAUUUGAAGCUGUUCUUGCAUGCUGUUUGUACUGUAUUUGAUGGCAUAAUAUUGUUUCGUUUACAACCUUUUCCUUCUUGUCAUUCUAUUAUAUUCUUUCUGUAUAUAGUUAAAAAAAAAAAAGUAAAAAAAGGAAAAAAGAUUAUACAAAGUAUUUUGUUCUACCUCUGUAAAAAUCAUAUUUGUGAAUAAAGUCAUAUUGUCUGUGGAGUACAGUAUCAUGAAUGCA